CUGAGAGAAAUCACCACUUCUGGAUUCAGUAACAGGAGCAGCAGCUACAAUCUGUGGAGAAGACAUCCCUGGUGGACAAACGACUGACAACGAAGAGAUUAAAGAAAGAAACAAAGACUGUGAAGUAAAGUUGGAAACAAGGAAAAUCAAACGGAAGAAAAUCUUGACUUUACUUGAACCAAGAAGACAUAAAGAACACAUAAAGUAGCACCUGGGAGCAUAAUGGUGUCUUUUGGACCUGAGCUCACCGGUAUCUCUCUGUCAGUGCUGGGCUGGGUGCUGAGUGUGAUCAGCUGUGCUCUGCCAAGAUGGGUGCUCUUGGACUACAGGAUGGAAUGGGUUGGUCUGUGGAUGAGUUGCGAUCCCCAGAGCACAGGACAGAUGGAUUGUUUCGAUUGGUUAAACGAUCAUGAAGUGCAGACCCUCAGAGCACUCUCUGUCCUCGCCAUCAUCUUGGGAGUGGUGGGAGUCUUCAUAAACAUUGUGAGAGCAAAGUGCACCAACUGCAUUGAUAAUAAGAGGGUCAAAGCCAGGUUGAUGGUUUCCUCUGGAGGGAUGUUCAUCACUGCAGCUCUGUUUCAACUGGUGACUGUUUUCUGGACAGUACAUGACAUCAGAUGGUGGUAUCCUGAACCUAGAGAGAAGAUCGGGGUAUCUGUGUAUCUGAGUUGGGCUGCCUCUGUCCUGAUGCUUAUUGGAGGGUCCAUUCUCUGCUGCAUCUGCCCUCCAGAAGAAAAACCAAGAAAGUACAACAUACAUGGUAAAAGUUAUGUUGAAUACUCUGUGGCUUCGAGGUCAACAACUCAAAGCUCCAACAUCAAAAUACAUGAGGUGUGA